GCCGGGUUGGCCGCAGCUGGGACCAAACCCACGGUCCCCCUCGCGCCCGCUCGGGGCUGUGCCGCGUGCACGCCCGCGCGGGGACCCGCGGUCGGGAUCGCCCUCGGAGGAGGCUCCUCGACCUGCCUUUUAGGAAAGUGCCUCCCCAGCGCGCGGCUCGCACGCCUCCUCCCCUCUUUCUAGGCACCGUGCGUGUUCGGGUUUUCUUUCUUUCUUUCUUCCUUUUUUUUUUUUUUUUUUCCGCGAAGUAACUUUUGCGUUCCCGCCUCCCCCGAGUCCUGGGGACCAGAGGCGGUGCCGAGCCUGGGGGCGGUUCCUUGGCAGCGUAGAUUCUUGUCAGAGCCAGACUUUUGCUCCUGGGCUCGGUUUGCAUCAUCCCCAUCACACCCUCUGGAGAGAGGCGCCAGCCCCCUUUCGGCCUCAGCUUCCGGCACGGAGCCGACCCCUCCCCCUCCCGAGCCCCUUCCCCUUCCCCGUCCCUCUGUGGCCCCCCACAUCUUGUCAGUCCUCUCCCUCUACUCCGCAGAAUUUUCUUUCUCUCUCCCUCCUCUUCUCCGUUCGUCGUUUUAUGUUUCCCACUCUUUGAGGAAGGAUGGUUGAUUUGGAGAGCGAAGUGCCCCCUCUGCCUCCUAGGUACAGGUUUCGGGAUUUGCUGCUAGGGGACCAGGGAUGGCAAAACGACGACAGGGUACAAGUUGAAUUCUAUAUGAAUGAAAACACAUUUAAAGAGAGGCUAAAGUUAUUUUUUAUCAAAAACCAGAGAUCAAGUCUAAGAAUUCGUCUAUUCAAUUUUUCUCUCAAAUUAUUAAGCUGCUUAUUAUACAUAAUCCGAGUGCUACUAGAAAACCCUUCACAAGGAAAUGAAUGGUCUCAUAUCUUUUGGGUGAACAGAAGUCUACCUUUAUGGGGCUUACAGGUUUCAGUGGCAUUGAUAAGUCUGUUUGAAACAAUACUACUUGGUUAUCUCAGUUAUAAGGGAAACAUCUGGGAACAGAUUUUACGAAUACCUUUCAUCUUGGAAAUAAUUAAUGCGGUUCCCUUCAUUAUCUCAAUCUUCUGGCCUUCCUUAAGGAAUCUAUUUGUCCCUGUCUUUCUAAACUGUUGGCUUGCCAAACAUGCCUUGGAAAAUAUGAUUAAUGAUCUGCACAGAGCCAUUCAGCGUACACAGUCUGCAAUGUUUAAUCAAGUUUUGAUUUUAAUAUCUACAUUACUAUGCCUUAUCUUCACCUGCAUUUGUGGAAUCCAACAUCUGGAACGAAUAGGAAAGAAGCUGAAUCUCUUUGACUCCCUUUACUUCUGCAUUGUGACAUUUUCUACUGUGGGUUUUGGGGAUGUCACCCCUGAAACAUGGUCCUCCAAGCUUUUUGUCGUUGCCAUGAUCUGUGUUGCUCUUGUGGUUCUACCCAUACAGUUUGAACAGCUGGCCUAUUUGUGGAUGGAGAGACAAAAGUCAGGUGGAAACUAUAGUCGACAUCGAGCUCAAACUGAGAAGCAUGUUGUUCUGUGUGUCAGUUCACUGAAGAUUGAUUUACUUAUGGACUUUUUAAAUGAAUUCUAUGCUCACCCAAGACUUCAGGAUUAUUAUGUGGUGAUUUUGUGUCCUACUGAAAUGGAUGUGCAAGUUCGAAGGGUACUGCAGAUUCCAAUGUGGUCACAAAGAGUUAUCUACCUUCAAGGCUCAGCCCUUAAAGAUCAGGAUCUGUUGAGAGCAAAGAUGGAUGAUGCUGAGGCCUGUUUUAUUCUGAGCAGCCGUUGUGAAGUGGAUAGGACAUCAUCUGACCACCAAACAAUUUUGAGAGCAUGGGCUGUAAAAGAUUUUGCUCCAAAUUGUCCUUUGUAUGUCCAGAUAUUAAAGCCUGAAAAUAAAUUCCAUAUCAAAUUUGCUGAUCACGUUGUUUGUGAAGAAGAGUUUAAAUACGCCAUGUUAGCUUUAAACUGUAUAUGCCCGGCAACAUCUACACUUAUUACACUACUGGUUCAUACCUCUAGAGGGCAAGAAGGCCAGCAAUCCCCAGAGCAGUGGCAGAAGAUAUAUGGCAGAUGCUCUGGCAAUGAAGUCUACCACAUUGUUUUGGAAGAAAGUACAUUUUUUGCUGAAUACGAAGGGAAGAGUUUUACAUAUGCGUCUUUUCAUGCACACAAAAAGUUUGGCGUCUGCUUGAUUGGUGUUCGGAGGGAGGAUAAUAAAAACAUUUUGCUGAAUCCAGGUCCUCGAUAUAUUAUGAAUGCUACAGAUAUAUGUUUUUAUAUUAAUAUUACCAAAGAAGAGAAUUCAGCAUUUAAAAACCAAGACCAGCAGAAAAAAAGCAAUGUACCAAGGUCAUUUUAUCAUGGACCUUCUCGAUUACCUGUACAUAGCAUAAUUGCCAGCAUGGGUACUGUGGCUAUAGACUUGCAAGACACAAGCUGUAGAUCAACAAGCGGCCCCACACUGUCUCUUCCUACAGAGGGAAGCAAAGAAAUCAGAAGACCUAGCAUUGCUCCCGUUUUAGAGGUUGCAGAUACAUCAUCAAUUCAAACAUGUGAUCUUUUAAGUGAUCAAUCAGAAGAUGAAACUACAGCAGAUGAAGAAACUUCCUCAAACUUAGAAUAUGCUAAAGGCUAUCCACCUUACUCUCCAUAUAUAGGAAGUUCACCUACUUUUUGUCAUCUCCUUCAUGAAAAAGUGCCAUUUUGCUGCUUAAGACUAGACAAGAGUUGCCAGCAUAACUACUAUGAGGACGCAAAAGCCUAUGGAUUCAAAAAUAAGCUAAUUAUAGUUGCAGCUGAAACAGCUGGAAAUGGAUUGUAUAAUUUUAUUGUUCCUCUCAGGGCAUAUUAUAGACCAAAGAAAGAACUUAAUCCCAUAGUACUGCUAUUGGACAAUCCGCCAGAUAUGCAUUUUCUGGAUGCAAUCUGUUGGUUUCCAAUGGUUUACUACAUGGUGGGCUCUAUUGACAACCUAGAUGAUUUACUCAGGUGUGGAGUGACUUUUGCUGCCAACAUGGUGGUUGUGGACAAAGAGAGUACCAUGAGUGCAGAGGAAGACUACAUGGCCGACGCCAAAACAAUUGUAAAUGUGCAAACCCUUUUCAGGUUGUUUUCCAGUCUCAGUAUUAUCACAGAACUUACCCACCCAGCCAACAUGAGAUUCAUGCAAUUCAGAGCCAAAGACUGUUACUCUCUUGCUCUUUCAAAACUGGAAAAGAAAGAACGAGAGAAAGGUUCUAAUUUGGCCUUUAUGUUUCGACUGCCUUUUGCUGCUGGGAGGGUGUUUAGCAUCAGUAUGUUGGACACUCUUCUCUAUCAGUCAUUUGUAAAGGAUUAUAUGAUUUCUAUCACCAGACUUCUGUUGGGAUUGGACACUACUCCAGGAUCAGGGUUUCUUUGUUCUAUGAAAAUCACUGAGGAUGACCUGUGGAUCAGAACUUAUGCCAGACUUUACCAGAAGCUGUGCUCUUCUACUGGAGAUGUUCCCAUUGGGAUCUACAGGACUGAGUCUCAGAAACUUACUACAUCUGAGUCUCGAGAAAUAGCAUCACAAGACUGGACUUCAUCUUUAGUUUCCAGAAAGUACUCCGUUAACCACCUGAAGUCUCAGAUAUCCAUCAGCGUAGAAGAGUGGGAAGACACCAAAGACUCCAAAGAUCAAAGUCAUCACCGAAGCAACCACCGCAACUCAACCUCCAGUGACCAGUCAGACCAUCCCUUACUACGGAGAAAGAGCAUGCAGUGGGCACGAAGACUGAGCAGAAAAGGUCCAAAACACUCUGGUAAAACAGCUGAGAAAAUAACCCAGCAGCGACUGAACCUCUACAGGAGGUCAGAAAGACAAGAGCUUGCUGAACUUGUGAAAAAUAGAAUGAAACACUUGGGUCUUUCUACAGUAGGAUAUGAUGAAAUGAAUGAUCAUCAAAGUACCCUCUCCUACAUCCUGAUUAACCCGUCUCCAGAUACCAGACUAGAGCUGAACGAUGUUGUAUACUUAAUCCGACCAGAUCCACUGGCAUACCUUCCAAACAGUGAACCCAGUCGAAAAAACAGCAUCUGCAAUGCCAUGGGUCAAGACUCUCGGGAGGAAACUCAGCUUUGAUAAAAGGAAAAUAAGAGACCUUUUUUCCCUACAAGAAUCUUGCUUGCAACAACUCUAACUCUUAGGGGAAGAAUGAGUGCUGCUGACAGGAAAGAAACUCGAUCAGAAUAUAUUCAGUUCUCUCAUAUUAAAAGCAAUCUAUUCUCUUAGAAGUAUAGAUUAUUUUGAAAGUUGAAGUAUUGCUUAUUGGUACUCCUAUUGAUAUUUGAAAGACAUCAGUGGAAUGAUUUUAAAAACCUAAAUUAAAACAAAAAAUUUAAAUCGGUUAUUUGUUUGACAACAAUCCAAACUAUAUGAAGGUAAUUUUUAAAAGUGUUAAGGGUUUAUGAAAGUAGACAAAAAACUCCAACUGUAUUUGGUGCAUCACAAUGGUCAUAGAACUUUGUGGCGCCUCUUAAAAAUUAAAGUCAUAUUAUAUUCUUUAAACUUGCAUUUUAUAAAAUUGAGUUCAUCAUAAAUGUCUAGCAUCUACACAAAGAUUAACCAACAAACUUGUAUGGCUGACUUUUGUGUAAGAAUCAGUUUGCUUUAGAGUAUAAAUCUUUAAAUCAUUUUAACCUUUUUUGUUGCCUUUUCAUAUGGUAUCAUACUCAUUUUAGAAUUUGAGGUAUUCACAGCAUGUUUUAUAACAUUGAGGAAACCAAAACAAACAAAAAAUAAGUAUCUGAACUUUUUGCUUACUUAAUGUCUGACACACAUUGUAUGCCAAGAAAAGUGUUAAAAAUCAAAUAUUUAUUAUUCUCCUAAAAGAAUGCCUAACUGAAAAAAUACUGAAAACACAUAUGUUGACUUCAGUUGAAGCCAAGAAUUGAAACAUUAACUGAAAUAUGCAGUAUUGGUUUUCAUUAGGCUCUUGAGCUUUAACAUUUUUAUCAUUUAUAUAGCAUAUUUCAUUAGAAAGGUACUUUAAAAUUCAAACAGGCAAAAUUAUACCUUUUAUGGAAUAAAAGGACAUUUCAAAACAUUUAAAGUCCUCUAUGCUUUUGUAUUGAAAUACUCAUACACGAAACAAUGGUAUGUUAAAAAAUUUGAUUUAAUUUUGAAAAAUCGUCUGUAGGACAUAGGUUUUAACACUGUGAGAAAAAAAAAAAAACAUGUAGUGAAGAUAGGUAGUUUUUGCCAUUGAAAUGUAAUAUAAAUCAUGAAGAAUUUUAUAGUUAUAAAUUAAGUAUAAAUUGAUCCUUGGUAUUAUCUUAUUGGUUUAUUCCCCUUCAGAAACAGAUUGAGAAGCACAAGAGCACAGUUUACCGGGUGGUUGGAAUCUGUUAAGGUAUUCCCAUGAGAGAGACAUCGGUAAAUUUAAAAAGAUAUUUUUCCUCUAAUUUUGUAUCUUCAAAAAGUUCUGGCCUUGACAUUGAAUUUUCAUUUCACAAAAAAUUGGACAUGUAAGACUAGAAAGGGACAUUUUCUCCCUUCUCCUCACAAAGAAGCAGAUAAGUUGGAAAGAUAGUGGAAGUGGAAGAAUUAAAAAAAAAAAAAAAAGGAAAGAAAGCCUAAAACUCCCCCAAAUAAUUCUAUAGAAAUGAAAAUGUAAAUCCUAACAUGUGAAAUUAUAGCUGAUAGCCAUUGUAUAAUUUGGCUUGGAGAGAAUGAAAUGCCUAUUUGUUAUUGUUGUUUUUUAGUAUUUUCCAUUAUUCUCAUUUUAAAAUAACAAAAACACCAAGAAUUUCCUCUAAAACAGGGAGAGCCUAUCUUUAACUUUCUUUAAUCAGACAGGGAAGUAGAGAAUUUAUAAUAAGUUACUUAAAAUUGGGAGCAGACCUUAAAACAAAGAUUGUAUGCAUAUUCAUGCAUGUACGUUGUAGACAUGUGAAAUAUACUGGACAAACUUAUAUAUUCACCUGUAAAUUAUUCAAACUAAAGGCAGAAUUGAUCUAAUUUAUGUAAUAGAUAACAAUAACGGGUUUAUUAACUUAUUUUAUAUUUGCACAUCAGUAAUCAAAUGUGAUAUUUCUUUGAGUUGCCAUUUCAUUACUCCAUUACUGUUAUUUUUAGGAAUAAAUGUAAGAGUUUAUGAAUAUUCUAUUUCCUCACGAGAUCUCAAGUUUAGUACUUUUGCAUUUUGACCAUUGUCAAGAUUAGGACUCUAAGCUAGGACAUGACUAUAUUUCCUACAAAACUAAAAGUUUUAUUUCAUAAAUUUUACAAGAAUUAUUUUUGAUGAAGAACAUUAGCCCAAAUUUAAUAAUUGACACAAUUCAUAACAGCUUACUAUAAUAUUCAUAGUUUAUUAGUUUUCUGUUAUUUAAAGCAUAAAAAAUGCUUCUAAAAGCCUUUUAACAAACUGUUGCCUUUUUAAAAUACUUAACUUGCACACAAAAAAAUAAAACAUAAAGUCAGUAAUAGUCCUUGUAAUCUUAUGGGAAUCGGUUCUGUUUAUUGUCUAUGUACCAUUUUGCUACCAGUUACAUUGAAUCGCUUAAAAUAAAUAAUAAAAAUUAUUUCUGAUGGUGAAAA